ACAUGCGCGCGCUGAUGUUGAACGCGCUCGAUCUGGGCAUGUUGAAUGGCGACUUCGCGUUUCUCACAGUGAACCUGCUGCCGUCCGCCGCCGUCGGAAAUAACACGUUUAUGGGAAACGACGGGCGCGACGCCGAGGCCGCCUUGGCGUUUCGUGGAAUUCUGAGCGUCCACGUGCGCGAACCGACCACACCCUUAUGGCAAUCAUUCAAACAGAAAGUGCGGGAAAAGAUGAAUGCGUCCCCUUUCUAUAUACAGCUGGAUAAAAGUGAACAGGUUGAAGUUUAUGCUGGUGCUAUAUACGAUGCCAUUUAUCUGUACGCUAACGCGCUCAAUGAAACUCUUGCCGGCGGGAGCAGUAAACGGGACGGCCGAGCGAUUGUCAAGAGAAUGUUGAACAGAGAGUUUGAAGGAGCUUCUGGUAAGGUGCGUAUAGACAGCUCCGGGGACAGAGAACCUGACUAUUCACUCAAGUAUUACGUGAAUGGCAGCUUUCAAAACAUCGCUGAUUACAGUCACUCAACCGGAGGCUUCAAUCUAAGAGAUGUAAGCGUCAUUUGGGCCGGGGGUCGUACCAGUCCACCCUCGGACAAACCUAGAUGUGGCUGGGAUAAAGAACUGUGUUUGGAGGAGGAAAAGAUAGCCGCACGACUCGUUAACGUGGUUAUAGGGGCCUCCACCUCUGGCGUUCUUGUGUUAGCUUUCUUGUUCUUCGUAAUUAUCAGAAAACUCUGUUAUGAGACGGAUCUGGCUGAAAACAUGGCGUGGAAGAUCCGGUUUGAAGAUAUCAAAAUGAAAGAACAAGGCAGACAAGAAGAGGAUAGGCCACAGCAGCAGGGAAUGCUUUCUUUUAAGUUUAACUAUCUGAUCGGACAGAAUCUGUCUGCAGGGCCGUCAAAUGCGCUCUCUAAUCCCGUACGUCGAAGCGCUGAUAUAUCUUCAACCACAUCAGACCAUGAGCACAACUCAGAGCACGUGUCUACUAACAUCGGGGAGUAUCAUGGGCAAGAAGUGGCCAUAAGCCGCCUCAGGAAAAGAAGUGUUCAGCUAACGAGAGAGGUUCUUAUAGAACUCAAACAGGUUCGGGAUCUGAGCCACGAGAAUUUCAACCCUUUCAUUGGAGCGUGUAUCGAGUCACCANAUGAAUAUUAA